AUGCCCUCCGCAGCCCCUGGCCCAGGGAGCUGUUUUAUGCCUUUCCCCCCUUCCUCUGAUUCCGGCGACAAUCCACAAGAUCCUGCACGAACGGGCGGAGGUCGUUCUAAUUUCUCCACAUUGGCCGAGACAUCCGUGGUUCGCCGAUCUGGUGGAGCUUUCCAUCUCCCCCCCCCCGAGGAUCCCUCCAGGUCGUAUUGCCCUCAGCCAGGGAGUCCUUCGACAUCCAGAUCCUCAGUGGCUCCAACUAACCACUUGGCACUUGAGCGGCGGGCCCUGACCCGGGAUUCUUAUUCGUCGAGGGUGAUCGCCAUGAUUCAGCAAUCCAAGUGCCCCUCUACGAAUAGAAUUUACGAUGCCACAUGGAGAAACUUUUGUCUCUGGUGUUCAGGACACCAGGUCCAACUCUCGGCCAUCACUAUCCCGAUAGUUCUAGAAUAUCUGAUGGACGGGUUGGAAAAAGGAUUAUCACUCAACACCAUCCGCAGACAGGUUUUGGUCCUAUCCACGGUGCUUUGUGACAAUUCUGCCCCUUUGGCACACCACCCUACGGUGUGUUCCUUUAUCAAGGGGGCGACUAACGCCAAGCCACCAGCGGUCCAUCGUUAUCCCUCUUGGGACCUAUCCCGGGUCUUACAGGCCCUUACCUCGCCACCGUUUGAACCCAUUAAGGCAUGUACGCUGCGGCUACUGUCUAUGAAGGUGGCUUUCCUCGUAGCGGUCUCGUCAGCCAGGUGA